CCCAUACUGAAAUAUGAAUUAAUUUAGAUUUCUCUCGUUGCAAUUCACAUAGACUUCUCUCUCUAUGUAAAAGCGAGAUCCACUGCUGAAAAAAUCAGAGCCGUCCGAUGCGUCGGGAGCGCGGAUAGGAGCAGUGCGAAGGAGCAGACAUCCGUCUGUCCACCGCCCCUUCCGCUAACGCCGCCGACCUCCUUCCCCUCCCGCGCUCAGCCAUGGCUGUCGUCCUCCGACCAUCCACGCUCCUCCCCCAACCCAUCCCCUCCUCCUCCUCCUCCCCCCAGUCCAGGAGCCGCUCCGCCUCCGGGCUCAGGUUCCCCGCGGCAGUCCUCGCCCCGGCUCCUCCCGCGCCUCGCAGCAGGGCCGUCUUCUGCCGCCAUGGCGUCGCGGGAAGACGCGGGAGGAGGAGAGGCCGGCGGCUCGCUUGCCUUCCCACCAAGGUGGAGGAGGAGGAGGAGGAGGCCGGCGUGGCGGGAGGCGGGGAGGAGGUGGAGGGGUACCUGGCGAGGGAGGGCGGGUGGGGGGUGCGGCGGAUGGGGCGGGUCGGCGAGGAGAUGCGGCGGGUGGCGCUCGUCCAGGCCGAGGCCUUCCACGUCCCCGUCGCGCUCUUCAACGACUUCUUCUUCGAUUUCUUCAAAGCAGAGGUGCUGUCGGCGCUCAUCUACAGAUUGAGGAAUUCGCCGCCUGACAGGUAUGCUUGUUUGGUGGCAGAAGAAGCCGAUGUGACUGGCCAGCUUUUUCAGGCACCAUACGAGAAAAUUGUUGGUGUGGUGGACUGCACAGUUCUGGACGAAGCCGACAUCCUUAAGAACCUCCAAGAUGUCAAUGAGUACUUCUAUGUGUCAGGAAUCGCGGUGUUGCCAUCAUUCAGGAGGAGGAAGGUAGGGACUACGCUGCUGAAAGCCUGCGAGGCACUAGCGCUCCAAUGGAGGCAGAGAUUCAUGGUGCUGAGGGCUUACGAGGAUGACGAUGGAGCUCGAGGUCUUUACUCCAAGGCAGGGUACAGGGUGGUAUCAAGGGAUCCUGGCUGGGUCACCUGGGUGGGAAGGAGACGGCGUGUUCUGAUGAUAAAAGAGCUGCCUAUCCAUGACCAUCAAUUAGAACAGUAAUGACGAGAUUCUUUACCUAGCCAUGAAUUGAUCUGUCUAAAUGUCACUUUUGCUGUGAAUAUGAAUAGUGCAUAUGAAUAUUUUGAAUGGCUGUUAGCAAUGGCGAUCUUUUUGCCAGUAUCAUAGAAGUACAGAACGUUGAAGUCCCCUUGUUGCCAUUUGAGAUAGUGCGAGACAGAAAUCACUUGAAUGUGAAUUAGCAAUCGUUUUAAUACCAACUCAACUUGGUUUUGUGGGGAUUUUAGGGCAAUUUUCUUUUUCCC